UCGGCAUGACGUACUUCCUGUUUUCUCUCGCGCGGUCCCAUUUACUCCGUCAUGGCGCCGCCGAGCCGCUGGUAUUUCACCCGGGAACAGCUAGAGAACAGCCCCUCACGCCGCGCCGGCUUGGACCCAGAUAAGGAGCUUUCUUACCGGCAGCAGGCGGCUAACCUCCUGCAAGAUAUGGGCCAACGGCUUAACGUAUCUCAGCUGACUAUUAAUACAGCUAUUGUAUACAUGCAUCGUUUCUAUAUGGUCCAGUCGUUUACAAGAUUCCACCGCAACACUGUAGCGCCUGCUGCUUUGUUUUUAGCAGCCAAGGUGGAGGAACAGCCUCGUAAGUUGGAGCAUGUCAUCAAGGUUGCUCAUGCCUGUCUUAAUGCUCAGGAACCUCUACCAGACACUCAGAGUGAGGCAUACCUGCAACAAGCCCAAGACCUGGUCAUUCUAGAGAGCAUUAUACUGCAGACCCUGGGGUUUGAAAUUACUAUUGAUCACCCACACACUCAUGUAGUGAAGUGUACCCAGUUGGUAAGAGCAAGCAAGGACUUGGCUCAGACAUCCUACUUCAUGGCAACCAACAGUCUGCAUUUAACUACGUUCAGCCUUCAAUACACCCCUCCGGUAGUGGCAUGUGUCUGCAUCCAUUUGGCGUGCAAGUGGUCUAACUGGGAGAUCCCAGUGUCAACAGAUGGGAAACCAUGGUGGGAGUAUGUGGAUGUGACAGUGACACUGAAGCUUUUGGAUGAGCUGACACAUGAAUUUCUCCAGAUCUUAGAGAGAACGCCCAGCCGCUUGAAGCGUGUAAGAAACUGGAGGACCACUCCAACAGUCGGCAAAUCUAAAGACGAUGGUUUUGAUGAUGUGGAUAGCAGUGACCAUCUUUCCGACCAGGCCAUACUUCGAAUGUGCUCUCGCGGUGGUUUUAUAUCUUCCCCCUUGUCUGAUGCUUCUUCUCAUUCAUUCUCUGGAUCAAAAGUGGAUUCUGUGAUGUCUGGGAGUUCGUGGGGAACUCUGAUACCGAGCCAGAGGCAGCCACAAAGGACUACAGAACACAAUGCAUUCACAGAUCAGGCCCAGCUAGCUGUAAGCAAACCACCUACCACUGCAAAAGUGUCACUAAAGGAGUACCGUGCGAAGCAUGCCGAAGAAUUAGCUGCACAGAAACGACAGCUAGAACAUAUGGGAGCCAACCUAAAAGAGCAAUAUGCAAGUGCUGCCCAAAACCUACUCAUUCAGCAGCAGAGAGAUCGAGAGAAGGAGAGCCACACGUCGCCCAUCAUUUUAAAGAUUCCCUUGCAUGAAGUCAGUCAUGAACGGACAGACAAGUCUACCAGUCUGAAAAUGCAUCUUCCUGUACCUAACCGGGAUAAAUCGGAGGAGGGCAAAGUUUCUGUUAAAGUGCCAACGGAAGAGAGUGGUGGUAACAGCAGCAGAAGUAGGGAAAAACACAGGAGUAGUUCUUCAUCUUCUCAUCACCAUCAUCACCACCACAACAGCCAGUCUCACCGUCAACACCACUCGGACUCAUCCAGCAGCUCAAAUAGCAAGCGAUCUUCUUUCAGUAGCUCCUCUCACAAAACAUUACCUUCUCGAAAGAGACCUCCCUCAGAUGAUGUCAGCGGCCAUGAUCCCUCUUUUCAUAAACUAAGGAGGACUUCCAAAACUCCCACAUCUGACGCACCUGUGGCACAAGCAUCUCACAGAUCACGCAGUAGUCAUGGCAAAACAGAGAGGGAGUCCUCCUCUGGUGCCAAUGGGCACAGUGCAUCUAAAGUUAUUGAUUACCAAGACACAGUAAACAUGCUGCAUUCACUGCUGAGUGCACAGGGAGUGCAGCCCAUGCAGUCAGCUCAGUAUUUGCAUCAGUUUGGGGAUUAUCGCAGGCCCAGGCCGGGCAACACAGACAAAGCCAGAGCUCCUCCACUUCCUGCUGAGCCACCUCCACCUUUGCCGCCACUCCCCAAGUAACUGAAGUACGCAUCUUCAGACUUGCAUGAAAGGGUUUUAUAGCCACUAUUUUACCAGCAUAUUUUCUCUGUGUUCUUCCAUAUACUUUGUCAUGUAUCUCAUGUCUUAAGUUACAUUUUAAAAAUCGUAUUUCUUUGUG